CCAGCUGGCAAGAACGGUUUCUCAAAUAAGAUUGCCACAGGUCUCAAGACGUCAACUACAGGUAACGGUCAAAGACAAACCUUCAAACCUACACCGCCCAAAUCAUCAAGUUCGAAUAAACCAACUCCUCCUACAAAGAGUCAUAAUUACACACGGUCAGCUGUGAGUAAUAUUCAAGCAACAUCAAUUGCGGGACAACUUGAAAAGCAUCAAGAAGAAGAAGAACCCGAAGAAAGAUUCAAUGGAGUUAACGAUAUGAAAUCAAAGUGGGAGACUGGAGCUUUGAAAAGAGCUGGAACAAUGACCAGAGCGCCUAGAACGGAUUAUGGUCAAAGCUAAUGAAUAACUUAUGCUGGAUUGAAUCAAUGAUUUGCAAUUUUUCAUCUUUCUUUUUUUCUUUUCUUCAAUCUUUGUUUUGUUAGCUCGUUUUGCAUGAAUUCUUUUGUGAUUAAUAUAAAUACAACGUUUUUAAUUUUGAUAGAAAUGAUGUGAUUAUAACUGUAUGAUAGAAUGAAUAAGUUCAAAUAUGAAUAUUGAAUGCUCCGGCCUCGACGGUCGUCACAACUCAGCCCGGCAAGUUCCGGGUAAUUUCACGGUCGAGUACCCGGAAAACGCCGAUGACGUCAUAGGGGUUCUAGCUCAUCGUCAGUUAUAUCACCGUGGGCAAAAGUCCGUCGCAUCCGGGUUUGCGACGACAGGACGCUUCCCACGGGUCGCAGCAACACAUACAUCUUCAACCGGGCUGAAACACCAUAAACUCGAUCUUGAAGCAUCACUUGCAGAACCAAAGGCGGACGAUUCCGAAGACGAUUUGCCUGGUGUUGCAACAGCAGAGGAAUAUGUCAAACCAGCUGAGGAUUGGACCCCUACAUUGUCUAUCACCGCGAAAAGGCCAACCUAUGAGGAAGGAGGUGGGAACGCGGUGGAUUCUGACAAAGAUUUUGAAGAUGAAGAUGAAGAUGAGGAGCUCGAUUCAGGUUGGAAUGGGGGACUGUUUACUGAAGAGAAUAUCAAGUUGUUUCGCCAUUGCAUGAAGGAUAUUGUAUUACCUACCGGCAUCACCAGGCUUCCAUCAAACCUCGGUGAAUCAAAACACGGAAAGCUCAAAGCAUCACAAUGGCAUAGCUUAUUCGCGUUCAUCAUACCUCUGAUAGUUCUUCAAAUCUAUGUGUUAGACGUGGAGGAUAUCCUGGUGGACUCAAAUAGGGGUCGAAUUCUCUUAAAUAUUGCUGAUUUGGUACAGUGUACCAACAUUGUCACUACAAAGGCUGUCACUAGGCAUGAUGCAGAUAUGUUUGCUUUUUUUUACAAGCGAUAUCACAAAAACUCUCUGUGUAUCUUUGGUAAUAUGGGGGUCGUGCCAAACCAUCACUAUGCACUCCACAUUCCGGAUCAGCUCAGGCGCUGGGGCCCUCUCAACCAAGUAUCCGAAUUCGCGGGUGAGCGCUUGAUUGGGAUGUUACAGGGGAUUCAGACCAACACGCACUUAGCUGAAAUGGAUAAGACAAUGCUCCGUCGAUUUGCUCAAUUGCAACGACUAAUGGGUGAUCAUCCCAUUGACGAGAAUACAGUUUCAGAAGAGCUUACAAAAUCCAAAGCGGCCAGGAGAAAGAUUGAACUCAAAGAUUACAAAUACGAUGCAUUGCUUUCCUAUGUGAAAUCGAAGACGCCUGAGGUUCGCAGUCAUCGCAAACUUCCUCAUCCGCGCAACGCAAAGGUCCUACAUCCACACGCAAUCCCAAAACCUUCGUGGAAGAUCUCCCAAUAUCUCUCGGUGUCCGUCCUAAAACCCAACAACUGCAUUAAGUACAAGGAUAAUGGGAAAACAGCCUAUGCCAUGAUCAAGCAAAUUUACGUGUUUACUAACCCCUCAGGUGAUGAACAAACCGAGCUCUUGGUAAAUCCCAUUCUAAACGUGUUUCCUAAGGACCUAUCAUCACCAUCAAAACAUUUCAGGUAUAUUCUUCACUUGCUAAAAUGCAUCGUUGGUCAAGUCGAAGACCGUUGUAUCUUUGUAUCUCCAAGCAAUGUAAUUGCGGUGGCUGCUUAUAGACUCUUACCCAAUGAUACACUUUCUGUAUCAGAGGGAGGAAUCAUUUUGCGUCCUUUUGAUCAUCAAUCUCAGUUAGAGUAG